UGGGUCCGGGGUCCCUCUCGGCAGAAGGCCGCGGCGGGCGUGGCCUGCUCGGUACUGUGCAGCUGCCUCCAGCCUCUCUGCCCCUUCCCGGCGUCGCGGCCGGCGCAGGGACUUCCGGGUGUGGAGGCGUGGGGCAGGUCCUUACUCCACAGAAUCAAGAAGAAUGGAGGAGAAGAAUGAAGGGAGAAGGAAGAACUCCUAGAGUGUUACCAUUUCUAAGGAACCUUAAACUGGAUGCCAAGGUUUCUGAACAUAAUGACUCCAGGGCUGUAGUAGAAGACAUAUAAAACUUAGAAUCCUGUUAUCCAUCAUUUCCUGGGUAUAGAGGAAAAUGAUUGAGCCUCAGGAAUUGGUGACAUUGGAGGAUGUGAUUGUGAAUUUCACCUUGGAGGAGUGGCAGCUCCUGGAUCCUUCUCAGAAGAAUCUGUACCAGGAUGUGAUGUUGGAAAAUUAUAAUAAUCUGGUCUCAGUAGGGUUUCAAAAUAUCAAAUCACAUGCAUUCUCCAAUUUGGAGCAAGGAGAAGAACUGUGGAUGAUAGAAGAUGAAGUCCCGAAUGGACCCUGUUCAGAAAUCGGGAAAGUUGAUGGCCACCUGCAGGAGUACUCUCAAAACCAAAGAUUCCUGAAGAGUAUGCAUCAAUGCAGUGAUCAGAAUGCAUUUAAAAAUAUCACUCAUUUCAGCAAAACACAUUUUAUUCUACUGCAAAAUCAUGAUACAACUUUGAAAUUAAGAUUAGGUUUAGUUAACCAGAAGAGAAGACAUGAAAUAAAUAACCCUGUUGGUUUUAAUGAAGGUGAGAAAAUCUACUUACACGAUAAAGAUGAACAUACAUUUACUGAAAUGAAACUCACUGAAAGUACAAAAUGCACAGGUAUUAAAUGUCAAGCAUUCAAACAUCAGAAGACUCAAAAAAUUGAGAAACCCCUUGCAUACACUGAAGGUGAGAAAACCUUCACCAGAAAGUCUCUGCUCCCUUAUCAUGGGAGCAUUCAUACAGGAGAGAAACCUGGGAGUGGUCAAGGUGAGAAAUCGUCCAGAAGUGUCCUAACCACUAAGCAUCAGAGGACUCAUGGAGGAGACCUUCCCUGUGUACUCAGAGAGUCCAGGAAGGGUCCUGCUGUGAAGAGCAGCCUCACUAUCAGUGGGCAGUCCCAGACAGGAGAGAAAUCCUAUCUGUGCAGUGAGUGUGGAAAGGGCUUUACAAUGAAGCGCUAUCUAAUUGCUCAUCAGCGAACUCACAGUGGAGAGAAACCUUUUGUAUGCAGUGAAUGUGGAAAAGGCUUCACUGUGAAGAGCAAUCUCAUCGUCCACCAGCGAACUCACACAGGGGAGAAACCCUAUGUAUGCAGUGAAUGUGGAAAAGGCUUCAUCAUGAGGCGCUAUCUAGUUGUGCAUCAGCGAACUCACACUGGAGAGAAACCCUAUGUUUGUAAUGAAUGUGGAAAAGGCUUUACUGUGAAGAGCAAUCUCAUUGUGCAUCAGAGAUCUCAUACAGGGGAAAAAUCCUACAUAUGCAGUGAGUGUGGAAAAGGCUUCACUGUGAAACGCACUCUCAUCAUACAUCAGCGGACUCACACAGGAGAAAAAUCCUAUAUAUGCAGUGAGUGUGGAAAAGCCUUCACCACCAAGCGCACUCUUGUUAUACACCAGCGAACUCAUACAGGAGAGAAACCCUACGAAUGCAAUGAAUGUGGUAAAGCCUUCAGCCAGAAGAUAUGCCUCAUACAACAUGAGAGAUGUCACACAGGAAAGACUCCCUUUGUAUGUACUGAGUGUGGGAAAUCCUAUUCACACAAAUAUGGCCUCAUUACCCAUCAGCGAAUUCACACAGGAGAGAAGCCCUAUCAGUGCAGUGAAUGUGGGAAAGCCUUCACUACAAAGUCGGUGCUCAAUGUACACCGAAGAACUCAUACUGGAGAGAGGCCCUACGGAUGCAGUGAUUGUGAGAAAGCCUUCUCCCACUUGUCGAACCUUGUUAAACACAAGAAAAUGCACACCAGAGAAACGGAUCGAUUCAUUCAAGUUGAAAAUUCUUUUAAUAGAGAGUCACAGCACAUCACUUAGGAGUGAACUCAUGCAUCCCCAAAACACUGUGCAGGGUGGAAAUGCCUUCUGGGGCAACUCAGACUUCACCAAAUAUCCGUAUCUCUGGCAGAUUGGAAUGUAAUCACGGCACAGCCAACUGGAUGCCCUCAGAAGGAUCUUCCCAGGAGAUAUGCCUAAUUGCAGUAAAUAUGAUAGUGCCUUUGGUGAUCCUUUACCUCUCAUUUUCUAUCAAUGAAAACAGAUAAACUCAGAUAUACUCAGUGUGGAGAUCCCCUGUGCAAAAUCUCUAGCUCAUAAUCUGGAAAGUCUAUAACUAGAUAAAUUCUGUGAAUGUAGAGACUAAGAAAGUCAUCUUUGGAAAGACUUUAUUUUCAGGGCUCUUCAUGAAUUAUUGGCUUAUUAGUUGGCAGAAAUAACAGUGACCAUAGCAAAGCCUUUACCCAGAAAUAAGACCUCAAUUAGUGUCAAGUGUUUACACUGGAGAAUAUCUUUAUGGUAAUAAAUACAACAAGAUUUAGUAACA